AUGUCUAACUCUAAAAAUCAAGAAGAUGAUGAUGACGACUGGUUUAAUAAGGAUGAAGAUGAUUUUGUUGUAAACAUACCAAGCAAAGCUGGAAAUGGAGAAGGUGAUAAGGAAGUUGCAGAAGGACCGGGAACGUCCGUGAGAGAUAUGUUGGAUAAUUUAAAGUUUACACUAAACGACGAGGAUGGUAAUUAUGUGGACUCGAUUAAACACACUGCUCACGGUCGCGCCGCCAAAUUCGAUCUACCGAAAAGUGCGCCCGGCAAGUACGUACAAACCAUUCCGCUUACGAAGCUUGCAAAUAUCUUGGAGAACGAAACACUUUCGAUGUUUGCCGACAUUUACGUUCAGAAGGAAGAAUUUCUUGCUACACUGACGAAAAAAACGUACGGCGAGGAGUUACUUUUGGUUCUGAUGAAAAUUAUGAACAAACUAAGUACAAUUCCGCUGUAUGAAACGGUCAAGCAACUGUUCGACACGCUAGUGAACCAGCAGCACUUUUGGGAGCAGUUGUUAAAAUUUUUUCAACAACCCCCCGAAGGCGAAAAAAAGAAAAAGAAAAAAAGCAAAAUCGUGCGUCCGAUCAUUUCACGGAUUGAUAUGAUGGAUGUGUUAUUGAAAUUUCUGGCCGAAACGAAACAACACAUUCCCUUACCCCAGCGAGUGGUGGAAUAUUGUGGCAAGCUGAGUAAAAUAUUACCUCCAAACGACAAAAAGCAACUGGAACAGUUGCUGGAACUAACGCAAAACCCGAUCGCAGUGGAACCGACGAAGCAAAUCAGUAUUUAUCCUACCAUCAAUGAGCUGAAAGAGGGCGCUAGUACUUCGAUGAAUCUGAAGAAAAACAUCGUGAAAGGAAAAUAUCAUAAUGUUGAACAUUAUCUGGACGUUCAUUUGAGUCUGCUGAAGGAGGACUUCUUGAUUCCGCUGCGCACCGGUAUUGAAAAGUAUCGGAAAUUUGUCGAAAAGAAUGGCCCCGGAAAAUCAUUCGCCGGUGAGAGCAUUCGUGUCCAUUGGCCGGUCAAGUUGCUUCUUCCUAGCACCGUUAACCGACGUACAGCAAAGGAGCAGCUCAUUCUCGUUGAUUUAGAUCCGGCCGAGCGUGGUUAUUCUAACCUUUCUGCCCGCUACAAACGGUUGGCUCUGUCCAACACGAAACGUUUCAUGAAUGGGUCUAUGGUGCUGUUCAGCGAUGGUCCGGAGUUGAGCGAACUGGUUGUUGCGGUCAUUAGCAACCGGGAUGCGGCACAGCUUCUGAACGGAUACAUUUACGUGGAACUGAUACGGUUGGAGCGAAAGACGGAAAUUGACCCACAGGCGGCUGGCCGCGGUAUGCACCUGUUCAACCGACCGCUGCUAAUGAUUGAAAGUGAAAUAUUUUUCGAACCGUACCACCAAACGUUCAAUGCGUUGAGCCGCUUGCGAGAUGAUAAUUUUCCGCUAAAAUCGUACAUUGUUGAUGUAACCUUUCCGAGUAAAGGAUUGCCAGGGUACUUGGGCCAAGGAAAUGGGCAUCUUUUCAACUACGGUGGAAUACAGUUUGAUCUAAAGAAACCCGACGAUUGGCCGGCAGAAGCGCUAGCGUCCGCAGCUGGAAUGAAUAUGUCACAGUUCGAAGCAUUCCGGAUGGCACUGGUUAACCGAUUCACGCUGAUACAGGGCCCACCGGGCACGGGGAAAACGUUCAUCGGUCUGCGGAUCGUAGAAACACUGCUAGCCAACACAAGCGAACAAAUUCUGCUUAUCUGCCUGACCAACCAUGCGCUGGAUCAGUUUUUAUGCGGUGUGACUCGCUUCACGGACAGUAUCGUGCGGAUGGGUGGGCAAUCGAAGCAUCCGCUGCUGGAUGCUUACAACGUGAAGCAACUGCAGGAGGACGAACGGAUUGAUAGGCGGUUGCGAAUCAGUUAUUACACUGUGAAGCAAGAGUACCUGAAGCUGGUUGAACGGUUUGAUGCGUUGCAGCAAGAGCAGCAGGAAUCAACCGAUGGGUUAUCACUUGCGAUGGUGCAGUGUAUGGAAGAAUUGUUGGAAGCUUCGCGACGGCUCAACGAGCUAAGCCAGCUGAGCACACUGAAACUGAUACAAGGGUUCCGUGUGGUUGCCAUGACGACAACGUUUGCCGCACGCAAUCGCACCUUGUUGGAGCUGCUCCGUACACCGAUCGUGAUAAUCGAGGAGGCGGCGGAAGUACUGGAGGCGCAUAUUGUGUCCUCACUAACACGGCAUACCGCACAGUGCAUCCUGAUCGGCGAUCACAAACAGUUGCGUCCAACCACGAGCACCUACGUACUGUCGCGCCACUAUCGGAUGGAUUUGUCGUUGUUUGAGCGUAUGAUCAACAACCGUUUCAGUGUUGCCAUGAUGACGGUACAGCAUCGCAUGCGCCCAGAAAUGGCGGACCUUUUACGACCCACCAUCUACCCGGUGCUGGAGGAUGCUGAUUCAGUUACUGUACGGCCGAAUGUAACCGGUAUGAUGCGAAAUUUAUUCUUCUUGUCGCAUAAUUAUCCCGAAGGAGGAGAUCCACCAGCUAUUGACUCGACGGUCAGCGACGAUGGAGGAGAUGAAAAAUCGAAGAAAAACCUUUUUGAGUGUCGUUUCUUGCUCGGCCUUUGCGAAUAUUUGCUAGCGCUAGGAACUUACACCACGGAGGACAUUGUCAUACUGACGGCUUACAAUGGUCAAAUGUUGCAGUUCGUUGCGGAGAAGAAAAAUCGACCUUCGUUGCAUGGUGUCCGAAUUGCGGUAAUUGACAAUUACCAGGGUGAGGAAAGUAAGAUCGUUUUGCUUUCGUUGGUUCGUAGUGGCAGCGCAAACGGUGGUACUGACACGAUCGGUUUUCUUGCGCACGAAAAUCGUAUCUGCGUCGCGUUGUCUCGUGCACGGGAAGGGCUCUAUAUAGUUGGCAAUAUGGAGCUACUGGCAAAGUGUUCUAAAACUUGGUCCAGUAUCGAGAAGAAGUUGCGUGAGCAGGCUGCCAUUGGUGAAUCGAUGCCACUGCAAUGCUUGACACACGGUCAGGUAAUAGAGGUCAACAUGCCAGAAGACUUUGAGGAACUUAGACUAGAAGAUGGACGAUGUAUUUGUGGAAUUUCGCGAAGAUAA